AUGUCGCGUCCAUACGACCAACCAAUCACCGACAUCGCGCACUACAUCUUCCACUACGAGGUCGACAAAACCGACGAUGAAGUAUGGCAGUGUGCGCGGACGGCUCUUCUCGAUGCGAUGGGCUGUGCCAUCGAGACGGCAGCAACCAGCGCCGAAUGUCGAAGUCUACUCGGCCCCGUGGUUGCGGGCACAGUCGUCCCCGAUGGAUUCCGGGUGCCGGGCACAGAUCUGCAGGUUGAUCCCGUGCAGGGGGCAUUUGAUCUGGGGGUUUUGAUUCGGUACUUGGAUCAUAAUGAUGCGCUGGGUGGUGCGGAGUGGGGACAUCCUUCAGAUAACCUCGGUGCCAUUCUGUCUGUUAUGGAUUGGCUAUCUCGGGCAUCUGCGUCUGGACAACUCCACCGAGGACCGCCGCUGACGAUGCGGACCCUGCUGCUUGCAUUGAUCAAGGCGUACGAGAUCCAGGGGUGCUAUCAGAUCCGGAACGCUUUCAAUGCCUUCGGAAUCGACCAUGUAGUGCUAGUCAAGCUUGCGGCGGCUGCAACAGUCUCCUGGUUGCUUGGGCUGACUGAGGAGCAAACGAAAGCAACCAUUUCCCACGUGUGGAUGGAUGGCCAGCCCACCCGAGUUUAUCGCUCUGGUGCCAAUACAAUCCCGCGGAAGGGGUGGGCGGCAGGGGAUGCGUGCAGACGAGCUGUGCAGCUGGCUCUGCUUGUACAGGCAGGUCAACCGGGGGCACCAGAGGCAUUAACUGCGAAACCCUGGGGCUUUUUGGCGCGGACAUUUGACGAGGCGGGGUUCGAGCUGCCUCGGUCAUUCCAGUCGUGGACAAUCCGAAAUGUGCUUUUCAAGACCAUGCCCGUGGAAGGACACGGGAUUGCAGCCGUGGAAGCAGCCCUGCUUCAGCUCCGACGGCUGCAGCAAAGUCGAUGGUCGGUGAACCACAUUACACGGAUCGAUCUGCGAACGACUGCUGCGGCUGAUCUGAUUAUCAACAAACAGGGCCCUCUGCACAAUGCGGCUGAUCGUGACCACUGUAUUCAAUACGUCGUCGCCUUGGCUUUGCUGAAGGGUCACGCACCCGAAGCCGUCGACUACUUGGAUGAAAGCGAAUGGGCAACCAGUGAGGAGUUGGCAUCUUUGCGCCAGAGGAUCACCGUCUGUGCCGAUACUGAGCUCACUCGGGGCUAUCUCGACCACGACGAAAAGAGCAUCGGCACAGGAAUGACAAUUUACCUCGAUGACGGGUCUUUCUUGUCGGAGAUUGUGGUCGAGUAUCCCGUGGGGCAUGUGCGAAAUCACCAAACCAGGGGGGUUUUGCAAGCAAAGUUCAUGCGGAACAUGGAACGCUUGUUCUCGCCGGAAGAGAUCUCUCGAAUCGUCAAGGCUGUCGAAGAUGACGAGAUGCCGGUCAAGAAAUUUGUGGAUCUGUUCGCUCGCCCAUCGACCGGGCAAGACUGUGAAUCUGGAGCAUCCCUCGUGCCCACAUGA